CUUACUUGAUUUCCAGUACUUUGUCAUAGAAAAAAUUACAUUUAUGGUUUACAGCAUUUUCAUUCGGCUCUAAUGACGUAGGGACACCGUAUGCAACGGCAGGAAACUCUAAGACACUGGAUACAGUAUUGACUAUAUAGAUAGAUUAUAAUAAUAAUAAUGGUAUUAAUGCUAUCAUUUGCAACGUUUAAAUAGACUGAUGUUCUCGAUCGAGUCUAACUUAAUAUUUGUCUCUCCUCACAUGACUGACAUAAAAAGGAGCACAAUGGUACGGCACUGGCCAUACAGGUAGUAAGUAACCAGUGAUUCGAGGUAGCAUCAUACAUGUUCUCCCAAGAUAUUCCCAAGAGCGGCUGUAGAGACUUUACUAGGAUAUUAUAUCGAACAUAAACUAGACUCCUAUAAAUAUGUGACAAAGUAAAAUAGGAGUGCUUAGAGCUGCUCCGAGUGUUUGCCUCGGUUUUUCUUGCUUCACGCACUUUUCGACACACCAGAAGACGCCAUAUAGGUGUAUCAGUUUGAGCGAUACGUAUGGUGCAACGGUAAUAGCCGGACAUAUAGCAUAUACAUUAUGAACUUGGAUGUCUGUGCUCGUAGAGAAAGUGCCUACACGCGUGUCUUUGUUGAAAAAUCAGUAAUAAUCAGAUUAUGCCAACGACGAAGUCUGUUUUUCUUUUGAUAAAUGGUUUUUUUAAUUGAAUCAAAUCGUAUAUAGCGGCAGUGAUCCGAAUCAGACGUGAGCAUGCUUUUCAAUCUGAGUUAAGAUUGCAUACCUAAUAGUAGUUACGGAUUGAGAAUGGAGAAAUAUUGAUUAUUCAAGCAGCUGUUUGAGACUGCAUAAAGGACAAUAUAUUUUGCUGUACAUAUAUCGCGGAAUUAAUAGAAAUAUUGGCUAUAUUUUUCAACAUAUCUUUGUUGAUAUUUGUACUCUCGGCUUUUUUGCGGCAACGGUUGAUAAAAAUGAACACCGGACAACCGAAAGCACUAGUUAGAAACAAAAGUAAAGGUUAUUUGCUACCCAUAGUUUUUGUGUGCUUGACAAGCUCUCAGCUAAUCAUCGGUAUGGAUAGCCGAGGUGGGACCAUGAUAUUAUGAUUGGAUAAGUCACCCGUUUACAAGCAGAAUCGUGUUUAUAAUACCUUUAGACAGCACAGGCUUAGAUUUUUCACACUUAUAUGUAUAUCUGUAGUGAGUUGGAGAAAAAAAGGCCCAACGACGUUUGUCGGAAUUAUUCGCGCUAUUUGCGGGAGCUUACUUCACUCGUAACCGUCUAACCUAGGUCUGGUCGAAAGACGCAAAGAGGCGUAUUGACAAAAUAGUCAAAAAAGUUCUGUGAUCCGGGAGUUUAGCCGAGAUAACCCUAGAUUUCUCCCGGGUGAAAUUAAAACAACCAAAAGGGUCAAAAAUAUUGCGAGUUGGACUCUAACACGAUAUCGUGUUAUAGUUACUCGCCAACACUGUUCAGGUGCAGUAAAGAACAGGAGCUUUGAAAAACUAAAGGCACCGGUGGUAUUAAAGUUUGCAGCAGUGAAACGGUCUGCAACCUUCAGAACACAAAAGUAGGCCACCAGAGCCAUACGCAUAACAAGAUUCCUAAUUAGCUAAAUCGUUUUAUUUGGUAGGCAGAACUAUACACGCUACUGAGCUAUAACAUAGUGCGAUAUUUGUGCCUCUUACUUACAAUGUCAUGCUCAACUAAAAUGACUUUCGAUGCUCGGAGGGUCUGCUAGUCAUUGCAGCUAUGUGAAGUGCCAAAAACAUUUGUGUAUAGCAUAUUCUUUUAAACAAUGACAGUAGAGUGUCUCACACGGAUUAUGCCAAGUUUUUCCAAAAGCCCAUAAUUUUCAAAUUAAUCCGUUAUGACCUACUAAGCGAUCCUGACAAACAACAAGGCCGCGUCAUACCUUGCAUAGACUUAAGAAUGUUCUAUCAGCAGUAAUAGUCUCGUCACCUGAUCAGACUCGUACCGUAAUAUUAUGUUAUACAUAUAUGUCGAUGGCAGAUUACCGGUACCAGCCCCAUAAUCAGACGGUUUAAUGAAAUGAUUAGCUUGUUAACGUAUCGUGACAUAUCCGAAGGCCAUUCAAAUGCAUUAAUAUGUGCUCACAUGUAUUCGUGUCGUACGCAUACAUAUACGUGUAUAGAUACCAUAUAUAUUUUGUUAUAGGCUUGUCAUGUCUUCUUGACAAGCGCCACCUCCUCUAGAACCGAACACCUGGUAACAUGCAUUGAUCAGCUGAUGACUAUCUGUCAUGUCUGUCACGUGUCUGUCAACGUGACAACAAAUCAGAACAAUAGUGCGUCUGCUUUACUUCAAGAUCUUCUUGUUAUUGCCAGUUUUCACGAAUGUAUGUCAAUAUGAAACUUUCGGUUUAAGUUCAGGUUGGCCAUAUGGCCUGCCCGGUCAUGUGUAGAAACUGCAGGAUACUGCUGCAAACAAGAGUGAGCAAACGCUGUCACACAACGAACAAUUUCUAGCAUUCGUCAACAACUGUCUGUUAAAAUUUGUACGCGAAGAAAAUUGUCAAGUUUCUAUGAACGAUAAUGUUUAUGAGGAUAGGACGCUGUAUGUUUGGGCCGAGUGCGCUCUAUAAUCCAAGCGGAGACAAAUGAUUCUUACGACAAUUUGUUAACGAUUCAAAAAGGCAAACUACUUCGGUAUCACAGUACGAUAUGACGAACGUAUGCAAGGCCUGAUUGCGUAACCGCCGCAUCUAUUGUUCCGUAACAUUUUCCCUUGACAAUUAUCGUACGGGCAACUGGACUACCAUUGAGAUGAACAUCGCUUGAAGUUUUUGCACUAGUAGAGGUUGCAGUAUCGCGUCAUUUCGGACAUCCAUAAUGGCUAGGAGUAAUUCUCUCCAUGGGACCUGUUGGAGCGCCAAACAUUAUGUGACAAAGAGAUAAAGCUUAGAUUGACGCAAGAUUUGACCAGUUUCGUUGUCACUAACGUCGUCAUUGAUAUCAUCUGGCGACAAAAAACCUAAAAAAACCGAAACACAAUUAUAAAAGGUAAAGUAGCUAGGUCUCUCUGAUCGUAGUCAGUCAUUCGACGAUAAAGAGGAAACAAGCUAAGACUAAAGGGCGCGCUGGAAGUCCACUGUGCCUCAACCGAUUUCUCUCGUCGGCCAAAGAAACUGGCCCGAAAAAACAGACUCCCUACUUACAAACAGAUUACAGCAAGUGUUAAAAAACUACGCCAGGGCGAUAAACACACUUACUAAAAUAAAUACGCGCGAAUUAGCUUUUAUGCACGGCGUGCAGGUUAAUAGCAAUAUUUCACUAUGAUGAAACAGGAACGGGGGAGGAAAUGAACCUCGAACAGCAUGCUAUUGAGGUAUUUUGUAUUGCGAAAUAAAGUUGUUGCCCAUUCAAUGUUAAAUGCAUUUCCCCUGCUGGUCAGUCUAAUCGUUUCCAGCAUUAUUGAUUAAGGGACAAUUAGGCGGUAAAUUAUCUUGGCAGUUAUACUAGAGCGCAUUUUCAAAGUCGCAACUUAAAUUGACGUUUUGUUUAAACACUUCAAUUACCGUAAAUGGUCAAUCAACUACAAUAACCCAACGUUCAAGAAAAAAUAAGAAAAAAAAAACACACAAUAUAAGAUACCUAUAGUUUCUAGCAUAGGACAAAUUUCUAGAUAUCAAAAAUAGAAUGAAUAUUUUUUGCGCUAAUAAUAAAAUAUAAUUAACAACUAAAAUUAUUUAGAAAGAUCGUUACAGGUAUAUUGAUUCAGCUGCAAUACACUAUUGUAGAUCUUUUGGCUCCUAUUAAACAAAGUACACCACCCAGUGUACUUUGUUGUAAAUUUAAGCCAGCGAGAAGCGCAUGCCACACCCGUACUUUCUAAGGUACGUCUAACGAAUACCAACAUCGAAAAAUUUUGGGGGAUUUUUCAAGUUCUGUUAUGCUAUCGUUGUCCAUAUUUGCGAUGCUUAAAUUUUUCAUAUUAACAGGCUAAAUCAUUUGAGCGAUGGUUGUGUCCUGUCAUUCGUACUGCGUUUGCCGAUCGGCCAAAACAACAUGACUCCUCUAUGUAGAUGUAUGUAUUCAUAUAAUAGAUCAAGCGAAGUAGCCACUGCAUUGUUUUCCAACGUGCGACUCUCUGCGUAGAGAAACGUAUUUGCCCAUUGUCGAAGGUGAGCUUCGUCACUUCGCAGCUGCGUCAAGCGUCAAGUAGACGGCCCGUGUAUAUUUAUAGUUCACAGUGAAUUCAAGUGUUGCCAUCGAACGAGUAGCAUUGCAAUAAAUCGUCUCUAAUUAUCUCGUAGCAACAGCGUCCGUUCGAGCCGUAGAAGCAGUACAAAAAACGCUUCGCUUUCACGUAAAAUCAUUACCCUUGGGGUUAUUCAUAAUAUCGACGUUCUUUGACAAAUGCGUGCCACGAAUUCACGAAUCAGUUGGGUUUCUCGAACAACUACAGAAUGUAGUCAGCGUAGGAUCGACACAAUGCAGUAUUAAAUAUUAGUAAACGUUGCAGUUAGAUUUAUACAUUUAGGAUCUCACUUAAGUAUAAUAUCAGCAAUGUGGACCGGAAGCACUAGAUUUUGUCUUAAACAGUGCUACGAACUCCUUUCGCUACCGUACGCAGAGUUUUCGAAGAAGGUUUGCGAGAUACGUAUUUUUCAGCGGCACGAUCCACACCCUCAAAUAACUAACGGUGUAAUUACUUCAUUCAAUUAUUGCUUCGGUGAGCGACUGCUCCCGGGGUGGCAUAACCCUUCCUUCUUUUCAUGGGUGUACCUAAAAAGUAAGGCGUGCUAGGACAGUCAUUCGAAGGAUAUAAUGGAUAAGGAAACUUGAGAAAAAUACCUGUUCCGCCAUUUCAAAGAUAGAGCUGCAUGUAUGCGAAAGAGCCGCAAAAACCCGAACGAAGCAAAUAGCUGCCGUGAGCGAAGCCACGGGAGCCCCUUUCAUUUAUGCUGUAUUUUAGUAAUAAAGUUUGUAACUGAAGAGGAUUUGUUUAGAGCACUUGCAUUCAAGCUGUUAUUGUGAAGGAUUAUGAGUGUCCUUGUAAAAGAGACAACAGCCAGUUAUAGCAAGUGUCACAUUUUUGCGUGGAUUCAAUUAAUCUGUAAAAUUGUUCUACGGAGCGUCAAAAUGUCUUUCUCCUCGUGCCUCGCUAAAUUAGCGCUUGGCGGCAGCCACGGUCAGCUAAAAGUCAACCAGGGGCCGAUAAGCUGAUGACAUCAAAGUUUCAUCAGCGCAAGGAACCGGCCAUGAUGGGAAAGCGUUCAAAAGAUAGCCGUAUUCGUGUUUAUCUUGAUACGAGAGCGAGCCAGUGAGCGGUCGAGUUACGAAUUUAUCUGUGUGGUACGUAAAAGUGCGCGGGAUCCAUUUUGCGACACCAACACCAUUUCGAUAGGCGUUGUUCCUUUCUGUGAAAAUUGCGUACACAUCGUCACUAAUAAUUGACCUUUCUGCAACGUUUAUAUUGUAAUAGAAUCUCCUCGUACGUACAUUGAUAAUUUUUGAAGGAAAAAUGUUUACAAAUCGGUUGCUACAAGCGGUAGCCAGCCAGCCAGGCGUCUGGUUCCUGUAGAUGAAUUUCGCGAAUGGCUCUUGCGACCAUCGACGAACAAUAUUAACAAAAGCCAGCUAUUGAAUAAACAAUUUCUUACGAACAUAUCUGUCACAGAUCACAGAUUGGGUUUUUAUUGUGGAUAUAUUCUUCAUUAUUGAUAAACUUUGUGUACCUGUUCUCAUCAUAUCUAUUUUUCUGCCAUAGGUACGGCUUCUUCUUGACCCUCGUCAUAUUGGCCCUACCCGAUGGGUGUCUGGCUUGCAUUGUAAAAAUGAGAUACUUCAUACCGAAUAUAAAAGGACUACCAUAUAUGAUAUGGAGACAUAGUUUCAUUUGUACGAAUCGAUGACUUUACGCUUAGCUUGGAAGUUUGAGAUACCGCGUGUUGCGGUUUUGCUUUAUGCUCUAAUAAUUGGCUGUCUCUUGAAAAUAUUGAAUACCUAGCAUCAAUUAAAUGCGGACGAAAAAAGACGGGCAAUAAAAAUAUCUUCGUGAACAACUAUAAUGAUGCCUAAUCUUCUAUAAUAAAACACAUCAUAUGCUGACCAAACGACAUUAGCUGGCUAUGUCUGAAAAGACGCAAUGUCGAACUAUCACCAAUAUCAUCUAUAUCAGUACGAUAGAAUAUCGUCGACAAUCAGAGUUGAUGGAGUCUGCACGGAUCGGGAACUUGUGUGAACGCGUUACGCCACAAGUGCACCGCAAUACGCCGCUGACAGGAUCCUCUUCGUAUGGGUGGUAACUCUUUGGCUGUUUAUAUCCAUUAGAAGCGAAGUGACUGGAGGUCAAACAAGCCGAUUUACGACUGCCACUGCAUGGAGUAGCUUUCAGCAGAUUGAACCCUCACGAACAGCUGGCUGUGUGUAAGGAUGAAAUAAGAGAAGCGAUAAUCCUACGUGGUUUAGACGUCGUGUCUCUUGCUUGCAAGGCAAGCAUUAUCUGUAAUACGUUAAAAACUGUCUGUUUAUGUAGGUUUAGAAAAGGAGACGAAACACAGAGACUGCAAUGAGAAAUCUGCGUAUAGACAGCCUUGUGUUGUAGUAAAAUAUGAAGGAUACGCUUAUAUGAAUUUCUUCCGCGACUACGUCUCCUACAAGAUACUACUCUGCAUUUAUUGGCAAACCAUUGGGAAAAAAAUUAGCUAUAAAAAGGAACCGCGGACCAUUCAUCAUUUAUGAAUAUCUUUAGCAUUCCGAUUAAUUCGGGAGAGGACAGAGCGUUGGGAGUAAGAGGUUCCUGAGGGAAACACGUGGCAUCAGAUGUAGAGGAUCCGAUAGUUGCUAGAUGCACAUCGUGAUAGCCAGAUACUCAUCCUAUCAAUGAAGAACUUCUUUAAUAUAGCGUCUCAAAGCUCAUUCCUCGACAGUGAUCGAACGUCGGUCCAGAGACAGGAAUGAAAAGUCAAUUCGAAAAUGACGCCUAGCCAUGUCCUGUUGUGCGUGUUUGUCGCUGGCUCACUAAAGGCAAUUGCUAGCCAGCGUACCUGCCCAUUCCAGCCCCCAUGGAAAUUGAACGCUUCAAAUAGUCCGUCUUUAGAAGAUUGGGAUGUUGACGAUAUGGCCCCAAUCCUUGGACGAAGGGAGUGUUCCGUACGAAACCAUUACUUCUACAGGGAUCCUGAGCAGUUUCACCUUCACACGGCAGCGGAAUGCUUUUAUUACACAGGAGCAAAUUACCUAAACAGAAAACCCUGCCUUGCGUUACCUUUCAUAUGUUUCAACGGCAAUGCACGUUCUUUUAGCGAAGGCGACUGCCAUCUACCUGAUACUGUACAUCGCAAAGGCGGACUCGCAAAAGCGCUGGAGGGAGUCCCCGGGGCAGAGUUUCGAUGGCUUACUUGUGUAAAGGCUGCAGUUGAGUGCUGCCAACGUAUACACCAUUACACAUACCCUCCCGACACUGGCCACUGUAGGGCAACCUGGGAUGCUCUCACAUGCUUCGACGAUGCCACCCCUGGAUCGAUUGUGGACAACGAGUGCCCUAAAUUUCUCUACGAGAAACCACCUAAGUGUGUACAUACUUCACAAAGGCUUUGCUUACUCGACGGCACAUGGAGACGCAAACCUAAUAAGACCGAUGAAUACACAGACUAUUCCGGCUGUACUCUCAAAGAGCGGGAGGAGGAAAUCGCUUCGGUAUACUACUUCGCUAUUACGUUAUACACCUUCAGCGUACUGUUCUGUCUACCUGCGGUGACCAUCUUUAGCUCCUUUAGGGCAUUGCGUUGUCAACGAAUCUCGAUGCAUAAACAACUUGUUUUAUCAGUGAUGCUAUCGUCGUUGUUCCAGUUAAUUGAGCACAGCGUCCUCACCUUACCUAGCGUUAGCCGACAGGCUUCAGUCAGCACGGCUGUCUUAAGUCGAAUAGUCCAAAAUACGUGGUGGUGCAAAGCGCUUCAGGUUCUGCAAAAAUAUUUCUGGGCAUCGCAGUUCGCGUGGAUGCUUUGCGAGGGGAUCUACCUGCAUACGCUAGUGUCACAGGCCUUCAUCGAUUAUCGAUCGUUAACAUCGUACUACGCCUUUGGAUGGGGAAUUCCAGCUGUUUGCGUUAUAAUUUAUGCUGUUCUGUCGGCAUGUUUCACCAAUGGAGACUGCUGGCGUUCGAUAACUCUAUACGAUUAUAUUGUGACAAUUCCAGCUACUUUGUGCUUACUGUUGAACGUAGUUCUCAUGGUACGUGUAAUGGUCAUUCUGGUGGCCAAGCUUCGAGGACCGGACAGUUCUGGCGACGAGGCGACAGAAAAUAAUCUCAAGCGAGUGUUCCGUGCCGUUCUAUUGCUUACACCCUUGUUCGGUGUUCAUUACGUGGUAUCGAUGUUUGCCUCCGGAGCCGCGUGUGCGAACGCCCUGUUGACAUCGUACAUCGCCUGGUGUUGUAUCAGCUCUCAAGGCAUCUUCGUUUCACUGGUUCUGUGCUAUUGCAAUGGGGAGGUGCAAUUUCAGCUUAAGAGAACCUACGCCAGGUUAAUUGAUAGCCGUCGUUUUGAGCUGGUCGCAUCAGUACCGCAUAAGAGAUAUCAGCAUGCGGAUGCCCGCAUGUCAAUGCUUACGGUUCACAGCGAUGCCUCUUCCGGACUUUUUCAUCGGCCCUCAUUAGUCUGAUAGCCGGUUUACGUCGACGGUCUAAAAGGAGCGAAGCUCAAAUGGAGACUCACAUUGCGACGCUUGUAAUGAAUCGGCGUCAUUAUUACCCGUAGUUUUCUUUCAUUUUUUAGUGAUUGAAUUGCUUUAUGAUUUGCAAUAGAACCUAUAGAUAAAAACUGUGUAUGUAGAUUUAGUAAAGGAUUAAGCACGUAUUCAUCGAGACACAGACCUGCUUGGCGCCUUAAAAUCGGGGCAAAUCUGCGCAAACUAACCGGUUACAAUUCGCCAAGUAUCAGCGUAUAAAUUAUACCUAGCUGAUAUAUUUGCGCUGUUCUGAAGUACGACGUGGGUUGUAGAUGAACUUUUGUCUGAGACCUUUUGUACUUUUUAUGUGUUAUUGACGUUCAGGAUCACAACAGAAACUGAUUUUGUGGAGACAGCCUGCUCAAAUACGCAGUGACACGCCGUGCGUGAUCAGCGUUAGUUAUGUCAUUUUCGUACAUCGUUCCAAAUAAGCUCAUGUCGUUCUGUCUACUGCGCAUCUGUCUAUCAAUCGCCACUUAUGUACAUAUUUAUAGUAGAAGGUACACUGUCUCAAAAGCAAGAAUCAUUUAUGUACAUGUAUACAACUAAGAGACUAGACAAUUGUAAAAAAAAAAACAAGGAUAUAAUCAUGCAAACGAUCUAAGGUACUGUAUAUAAACAUAAAGAAAAAUGAAAAUUGAUCGAAUCUUUCAUUUCCGCAAUAUCAUUAUUACGAUAGUCAUGAUAG